AUGGAAACCGAACUCCCCCUGCCGUUCCUGGUCAGUGUCGCCAUCCCGCCGGGCCUUGCCAGUCUAGAUGGCCUGAGCCGUGAAGAAGUGUCAGUGCUCGGCAACCCGUUCCUCGAAGCAACGCCCAACGUCCAGGACAAGCUCGCCCGCUUCUUCAACCGCCACAACUACGAGUUCCACGCCCACGUGGAUGCCACGAGCCUCGACUCCUCAGACGACGUCGUUGCGCUGCUGGACCGAGGAGCGCGCAGGGUCUUUGUGGCACCUCAGGCCCUGUCGCAGUAUGCCGACUUCGGCGCCCGCGUCCUCCCCGUCGUCUCCAGGCCUGAUCUGUCUGCCGCCUCCAAGGAUGGCCUGCUGAUCAAGGACUUCGAUGCUCACGCGGCCGACUUGGACACGUUUGUCCAGCAGGCUCAGAGCGCCAAGAUCAAGAACUUGUAUCUCAAGCCCGUGGCGCGGGCCGACCCGGCAAGCUUCAUCGCGGUUGCGCGCAAGUGCAACGCCAUUCCCGUCUUGCCCUCCACGGCCCUCACGACGGAAAAGACGGAUGCUACGAAAUUGCCUCUGUCCAAGGUCAUUGCAACCUUCUGGACGUCUGACCGCCCAGAUGGCCUCGUCCCCACUGUCGUCACAGAUGAAUCGGGCGUUGCCCUCGGCCUCGCCUACUCGAGCCAAGAGAGCCUUCUCGAGGCUCUCAAAACUCAAAAGGGCAUCUACCAGAGCAGGAAGAGAGGCCUGUGGAUCAAGGGGGCCACCUCGGGCGACACCCAGGAGCUCGUUCGCCUGUCUCUGGAUUGCGACAGCGACACUCUCAGGUUCGUCGUCAAGCAAAAGGGCCGUUUCUGCCACCUCGAGCAGUUUGGCUGCUUUGGGGACCUGAGGGGCAUCCCAGCCCUGGAGCAGACCCUCCAGUCGAGAAAGCUGUCGGCUCCACAGGGCUCAUACACGGCACGGCUCUUCUCCGAUGAGAAGCUGCUGCGGGCCAAGAUCAUGGAGGAGGCCGAGGAGCUCUGCAACGCCAACUCUCCCCAGGACGUUGCUUUCGAGGCCGCCGAUUUAAUCUACUUUGCCUUGACCAAGGCCGUUGGUGCCGGCGUGAGCUUGGCCGACAUCGAAGCCAACCUGGACGCCAAGCAUCUCAAGGUGACGAGGAGAACGGGCAACGCCAAGGCCAAGCCCCAGCAGGCCGAAAAGGCCCAAGACGGACGCAUCGUCAUGCAGAGGAUCGACUCGACAAAGGCCACCGAGGCCGAACUCUUGGAGAAACUGAAACGCCCAUCGCAAAAGUCGCCUGAGGCCAUCCUCAAGAUCAUCUCCCCCAUCAUCGAGGACGUGCGCAAGGGCGGAGACAAGGCUGUGCUGUCCUACACUCACAAGUUUGAAAAGGCAACGUCGCUGACGACGCCCGUCAUCAGAGCGCCGUUCCCCAAGGAGCUGAUGCAGCUGGACCCCGAGACCAUCAAGGCCAUUGACACGUCGUUUGACAACAUUGAAAAGUUCCACUCGGCGCAAAAGGAAGACAAGCCGCUCUCGGUCGAGACGAUGCCCGGCGUCGUCUGCGGCCGCUUUUCCCGGCCCAUUGAGAGGGUGGGCCUGUACAUCCCCGGCGGCACGGCGGUCCUGCCCAGCUCGGCCCUGAUGCUGGGCGUGCCCGCCAUGGUCGCCGGGUGCAAGAAGAUCGUGCUCGCGUCGCCGCCCCGGGCAGACGGCAGCAUCACGCCCGAGAUUGUCUACGUGGCCCACAAGGUCGGCGCCGAGAGCAUCGUGCUCGCGGGCGGGGCGCAGGCCGUGGCGGCCAUGGCCUACGGCACCGAGAGCGUCAGCAAGGUGGACAAGAUCCUCGGGCCCGGCAACCAGUUCGUGACGGCGGCCAAGAUGCACGUGAGCAACGACACCAAUGCCGGCGUCAGCAUCGACAUGCCCGCCGGCCCCUCCGAGGUCCUCGUCAUCGCCGACAGGGACGCCAACCCGGCCUUUGUCGCCUCGGACCUGCUGUCCCAGGCGGAGCACGGCGUCGACAGCCAGGUCAUCCUCAUCGCCAUCGACCUCGACGAUGAGCAGCUCCGCGCCAUCGACGACGAGGUGCACAGCCAGGCCACGGCGCUGCCGAGGGUCGACAUUGUGCGCGGCUCCAUCGCCCACUCCGUCACCGUCCUCGUCAAGACGAUCGACGAGGCCAUGCGCAUCAGUAACGAGUAUGCCCCCGAGCACCUCAUCCUGCAGCUCAAGGACGCCCCCCGCGUCGUCGACCAGGUCAUGAACGCCGGGAGCGUCUUCAUCGGGGAAUGGACCCCGGAGAGCGUGGGCGACUACUCGGCCGGCGUGAACCACUCGCUACCGACCUACGGCUUCGCCAAGCAGUACUCGGGUGUCAACCUCGGCUCCUUCAUGAAGCACAUCACCUGCUCCAACCUGACGGCCGACGGGCUCAGGAACGUCGGCUCGGCCGUUAUGCAGCUCGCCAAAGUGGAGGAGCUCGAGGCGCACAGGAGGGCGGUGGAGAUUCGCAUCAAGCACAUGAACAAGCAGUAA